GGAAGGAACGCAGGGUGUUCUGAACAACGGCUGGUGGUGACAUUUUAAACAAGUAGCCCAAGAUACGAGAGGAAGGAGGAGGUUAAAUAAGUCGGGCUGUAAUUUGGUAUUUAUUUUGUCUAUGUUUAUGUCCUGUGAAAUAAUAUGUUGUUAUUGAAGGCGGUAACGUAAAAAAAAAGUUCAUUUUAUUUCCAGGCUUGCCCCUGUGACGGAUUCUAUCAACGUUCCCUGGCCCCUAAGCCCCAGUAUUUCCCUGUGCUCUAUGAUCUGACCAGGGAGGGCCCGGCAACCGACUGACAUGAAGAUGGCUGAUGCGGAGAAGACGGAAGAGCUUGUGAAUUCCAAGACACCUCCAGAAACCCCUUUAGAAGUUGCAGCAGGAGACGAGACCCUGAAAACAGAGACCUCUCCCUCUGAGAAGGAAGGAGACAAUCACCUCCAGACUGACCCAGGUCUUCUUUCCGCCAUGCCUUGCCUUCUAAUGGAGCUUCGACGGGACUCUCCUGAGUCACAGCAGGCCUCCACAGAGAGCGAGAAACAGAUGUCCAACCGGACCUACGAGAGUGACUCCUCUAACCACUGCAUGCUGUCACCAUCCUCCAGUGGCCAUCUUGCUGACUCGGACACGCUGUCCUCUGCUGAAGAGAACGGGGCACCACGAGCAGGGGCUUCCUGUGCCGCAGAAGGGGGGGACUCCAACUCUGUGGCCGGGCUGGUGGUGGCAGGGGGCAGGAAGUCAAGGCGUUUGCGGUCUGAGAGUGAAAUGUCUUCCGCAACCUCAAUGGCUGCUAAGAAGAACCGCUGGCAGGCGACGGGUGCAGAUAAACAGAAUGGCCGGCUAGCCAAGGUCAAGGGCCACCGGAGCCAAAAGCACAAGGAGCGCAUACGACUGCUGAGACAGAAGAGGGAGGCAGCCGCCCGGAAAAAGUACAACCUGCUGCAGGACAGCAGUACCAGUGACAGCGACCUGACCUGCGACUCCAGCACCAGUUCCUCUGAUGAUGACAAAGAGGUGUCGGGAAGCGGCAAGACAAUCACAGGCAACAUGCCAGCUGGCUUCAGUCGCGCCGAAGGUUCUGCAGGAGUGACCGGUCAAAUUCAGGGACUGCUAGACAGCGGCACUUCAUGGGACCGGAACUGCAUUGGCAACGUCUUGGAAGAAGCCAUGAACCGUUUUGCGGUGAUGCAGCGGCAGACGGAGGAGAGGUUUCGUAUGUGGAUGGACAAACUGACUCGACUAGACACCGAUGAUGAAACUAAGCCACGCUGUGAAUCCACAGAGCCCAUAAUCCAAAUGAUCGGCCAAAGGGUGCCACCCACCUCCCAGUCCAAUGCGUGCAUGCAAAUGUCCGGCAGCCAUUUGCACUCGCAAGCUUAUUUGCCAUAUGUAGUGAACCACCAAAACAUCGACUCUGAAUCCUUCCAGAUCCCGUUCAACAACAACCACCCUCCCACCAGCUUUUCAGAAAAUGGAAACCCUGAUAGUCAAGAUUUGGAUCACGCAAGCAUUUAAGAACUGUAUCUUUAGGCUUGGAAAGUAUAACUUUUAACUUGAAAUAAAUACUAAUCUGUUUUUUUAUUAUUAUUAAACUGUGGCCAAUCUCCUGGAAAAUUGGAAUGUAAUAAUAAAAUGAAGCAGGUCCUUGGUGUAUUAGGUGUUCUAAUAGGCUGAAAACAUGACCAUCCCCUCAUUCCUAUUAAUAAUGAUGGACUUAAAGGACUAAUUCUGCAUGAAAAAUUAAUCUAGUGUGCCCUGUUAUAAUGGGGUUUCUAGUCUAGGAGGCUGCCAUAAUGUGAUGAUAAGACUCAGGUUUUUACAAUGGUGUCAUGAAAUCUUCCAGAAACAAUCUAAAAUAAGAGAAAUGUAGCCUUCAAGAUGUUGGCCUGACUUUCAGCCUUCUAUUUUGUUUUGUUUUUUUCUCAUCGAACCUUCCAACUUUUAAUUUAGUUGUCGAAGUCUACAUUUAAUCCAAUAAAACCCCUUUUGUGGAGUCAUUUUACUUCCAGAUUGUGCAAAAUCAGGCUUUUGACAUCCAAAAGAAUGACCUUUUUGGAACACAGCCUUAAUGCUGCAGUAUGCACUGCUGUAAAAUCGAAACCAGUUCUCUUUCAAAUAUGAAAUGUAACAAUUACCUAAUGGGUGUUUACUUCCUAAAGACCCAAAACCUGAAUAUUAAUAUAAUAUACCAAAGCUGCUCGGCCGAGCCUGUGAUGCUGUCUUGCCCUCCCCAGAGGGUACAAAAGGUCUGCCUGCCCAGUUCUCUGCACAGUUUUUCAUUUCAAGAACUGACCUGACUGAGGAGCCUGGUAUGAGAUAAGUACUUGUUGCUUAUAUCUGUAUAAUUUGCUAAUAUUAUAACUUAUACAAUAUUACAUUUAAGUUGUGAUAGUUUUUUAAUAUUAAUUACAUGUUUAUUGUUGCCUGUUUUACGUCCCGCAGUGGACUUGUGCCCUGCUGAAGCCGGCAGCUUGAUUCGUUCCUUCUCGGAUCAAGUAACUUAAGUAGGCUGACUUCUGCUUUCCCCACAGGCAGCUUAGUUCUGUCUGGAGUUCAAUUAAAAAAUCUUAAGUCACAAGUUUAUUUUCUGAAUUGUAAUUGUGUUACUACUGUUUUCUGUGGAGAAAUAUGUUUCUCUUGUAUUCUGUUUUUUUUCUUCAGAAAUGCGCACACAGCUCCUGGGCUCAGCUGUGCUGCACUGGACUGAGAUACGCACUUUGGUUGAGAUUGCUUGCAGUCCCAUUCCACAGUAUCUGGCUUUGUUCCCCAUCAUCCUGUGGAAAAGAGAGGUGGCUGCAUCCUCACCCCAUGGCUUUGUACCAAGGGAGAUUGGACGUCACACCCGGGAAAGUAGCCCACACAGGAAGCCAUCUUCAUGGUCUUCCUCUGCCUCUCCUCCCCCGAUGAAAAACAGUCACUGUUCCAAGUAAUCCACGAAUGCAGAGCAGAUGGAGAAGCUCUGGGCAGCUGUUGCCCACCAAUGAACGUUGCUUGCAGAAUUACUGCUUGAACGUUCGGCGCCGUCUGUCCCCUUGGAGCCCCAGCGGGUUACGAGUGCAGAUUGGCAACAGGAUGACGUGCUGUCCAUCGCCGCCUCCUGAGGAGGUGGGCGAAGAAGAGCUGGCAUUCCUGUCUGAGGGCAUGGAGUCUGACAGCACAUCCCCUGCGGUUAAUCUCUCCCUGUCUGCAGAGCUUCUACCGCUGAUCAAGAAAGCUGCUGCAGUCUUGCAAGUGUCUUGGCCUUCAGAAGCUGGGACAAGGCAGUCUGUCUUGAGCCUGCCACCUCUCCCGUCCCCCCACCAUUGCAACCGGAUUUUAUUUUUUGAGGUUGUUGUCAUGUGGUCACCUGGCUACAGCUCCUGCUGUUUCCCUAUCAAUGGACAUCCUAUAUGGGGUACGUGAUGUGGAGAAGCUAGGUUUGGCCCAAUUUCUACCAGUGGAUGCUUCAAUUGCUGUUUUGGUACAGACGCCUAAUUAAGUGCUCCCAUCUGAGGACGCCGUCUGCCCCAACAAGCCGUGCCAGAUCUCGGAUGUGAUCCUCAAGCGUGCCUAUUCAGCCAGUGUGUUCACCGCAUGGUUGGGCAACUAUAAUAGUAAUUUGGUAGCCUACGAGUCCUAUUUGCUGAGGUUCCUCUCUGACAGCCACAGGCCCUCACUACUACAAAUGGAUGAGCUACACCUGGUUAAUAAGAACCUUUUCUGUCUACCAAAACUGAAUGGCAGGAAUUGAUAGCUGCAUGUAGGCAGCUGUGGCUUUCCCAGACAUGCGUGCCUGAUUGGGACAAAGUACUGCUGUUGGGUUCCCCUAUUACAACGGGACAUACGUUUCGUCCUGCGGUGGACGAGAUGCUGCACCGUGGGAAUUCCAGAGGUGAUGUUUAGAACCGGCCGGUGGCUCCUCACUCUGGAGACUUUAGGUUAUGCCACCUGGCGCAGAAACUAAACUCGGGCUAAGUCACAAGCAGAGCAGUAGCCCUAUGAGUUUGCUAUCACAGGCUCAGGGUCCCUUCUCAGGGAGGUAUUUGGAGUAUUGGCAUCAGUGCAACUUGGACAUCUGGUUGCUGACUAGUGUUCAAAACAGCUACUGGCUAGAGUCCAAGCAUGGUCCCCCUCCCUUUCAGGGCUUGACUCCAACAUCAGCCACGGACCCGCAGCACGGUGUGAUGGUGUCUCAGGAGGUAGUGGCUCUGCUGCAAAAAUGGGUUAUUUGCAUGAUAUAAAUUAAUAAUAAUGAUAGACCCUCUCAAGUUGGAGGAAGGUUCUACUCCAGGUACUUGCUAGUCCUCAAGCGGGAUGAUGGCCUCAGACCAAUCCGCAACCUCAGUCAGGUCAACCUGUACUUGAGCAGAAGGAGAUUCAAAAUGUUGACAAUGCAAUAGCUGUUUGUUAAUCAGGCCAAGUGACUGGUUCACCACGCUGGACUGUAUAGAUGCCUAUUUCCACAUCCCCAUAAAACCAGCGCACAGGAAGUACUUGCAGUUUGCCUUUCAGGGAACAGUGUACAAUGUCUGUAUCUUGCCAUUUGGACUCUCAUUAGCUCUCCGUGCCUUCUCGAAUUGCAUGGAAGCUGUCUGGCUCCAUUGAGACUCAAAGGCACCAGAGUGCUCAAUUAUCUGUAUGACUGCAGCUCUGGAUCUGGUCCCUGAACGGCUGCAUUUGAGCCAUCUGGGUCUGUUGACCUUGAAAAAUGCCAAAGCAGCAUCCACGCAUUCCCAAUACGGGUUUAAGCGGGGCGUCUUUCAGACAUGGUGUCUGCUUUUGACCCCUGGUAUGUCUGGCAGCCAUUUCUGCUUGCCAUGUCAAAAUUAACUCUGUCUCCCCAGGAGCUCACUUCCUGGCGGGGCGAUUUUUGAAGGAGCUCAGCGGCUUCAGCAGCCUAUGAAGGAUAUUGUUUGCAAUCAGCAAAGCGGGUGAGUGAGAUACAGGCUUUCUCAAUUGUGAAAGUCUGCUUAAUUUUUGUAGAAGCAAUGACAAAGGUUACGCUCCAUGCCAAUCCUUCUUUUUUUAAUUGUGAGCUUUCCAUCCACCUCCUUUUUAGUCUGACAGAGAGCGGCAGCUUCAUACGCGCUUUGUCUAGAGCUAACCUUAGCGGAUUAUGUUGACA